AUGACGUGCGAAGACAACAAAACCGUUAGAGACAUCUGUGAGAGGAAAUGCGAAUGUAAAAGUGGAAAACUAGUUUCUUGCUACCGAGUGCGAAAAGAGUUUACCAGAAUGAGCUUUGAAGAACGAAUACGUUUCAUAAAAGCUUUCAAACUUCUUUCAUCUGAUCCAAGAUACAUAAGGGACUAUGAGAAAUUAGGUAAACUGCAUACAGUAGUACCACAAAUGAAAAACUUUUUCCCCUGGCACAGAUGGUAUGUCCUGGAAAUAGAAAAUCUUCUUCGCCAGAUCGACUGCCGGGUUACAAUUCCUUACCGGGAUUGGAUUAAAGAUGCGGCGAUUUGGACACGAGGCACUAAGAUUGAGGAUACAUGGAAUCCAGGUCCUCACGGUCUGGGAGGUAAUGGAGUCUCUCCUUUCGAUUGCGUGAUGGAUGGUCCGUUUAGAAAGGGGGAAUACUCUUUACCACAGUCUGCUGGUGGAAAUUGCUUAAAAAGACAUUUUAAUUACUCUUGCAAUCUACCAAAUGCAGAACAAGCAAAAAAGCUCCUCACGGAAGCAAAUUAUACUGUCUUUAGAGAUACAAUUUUUUACGGUUACCAUACGAGUUAUCAUCAAUGUGUUGGUGCCACUUUGGCCGAUUUUAAGACUGCUCCAUACAGUCCCGAAUUUUGGCUUCUCCAUAGCUUUCUCGACAAACUUUGGGUGGAAUGGAAAAAAAACAACAGAGGUAGUAAAACAGGUUUAUCACAUGUUAGCGAUUUUAUGGUUGAGACUGGAUACUAUCCUUGGGAAUAUCUUGAUGUGGACCACUUACCUGGAGACGUAAAAGUUCUGUAUGAGGAAUGA